AUUCGGCUCCACCGGCUGAAAGAGAACAAAAGCUUUAUUGCGUUGAAAGGCAGAGGAAAAAGCCAAUAUGAGAGAAAAAGGCUGCUUUCUUCUAUAUGCUGGCUGAGUUCAGAGCUCCAUCAGAAGAGCUUUUGAUACGGUCCCUCCGUUAAUUUCAAGUUUUUGAUGCUCGAUCGAUUUCCACUCCACCAAAGCACAUCUCAGUGCUCGAAUAUCACGAAAUCGCUCCUGUAAAGAGUGAUUGAUCUUUUGUUGCAGGUCUUUAACUUCUCGAUCCAAUUUCGUUGUCUUGUCCAAUUGAAGAGCUUUCCAUGUGUUUCCUGCGUCAAGUUCCGUUUUUGAUGCUCGAUUUUUGCCACGGAAGAGUAAUCGUUGAAUUUAAUUGAUAGGCCAUCUCUUGCCCAGUUCCAUGGGAAGAGUGGUUAGUCUUCUAACCCCUUCCCCGUGUAACUUACAAUUCAGAUUCUGAUGCUCUAGCUCUGAACGUAAGCAGUUUGAAAUAGCCAGAAAGUUUCAUCUGGCUUUACUCUCUCUGCUUCGUUGUGGAUUUUCUUCAGAAGUGAGAGCUUUCUUGUAAGAUUAGUUGAGCUGCACAAAAGCUGGAAAUCUGCAAGCAUAUAUAAAAUCCGAUUCUGAAGCAAAAUCUCAUCUUUGGUUGAAAGUUUAAGUUAUUCUCAUCGAUUCUAUUAGCUCCAAGGAUUGGAAUGAAGGAGCAGUUGGUUCUAAUUCACUUUGGAAUGGAAUGAAAGACCUGCAAGGUAGUGAUGGAUGAUGGAGAAGUUGACUAUUCAAGCUACCCUCUUUCAACUAAUCCUGACUUAUCAAGCUGCGAAAGCAUUGAUGAGCUGUUGAGAAAUACAAGAACAUGUACACAUACCCACACUUGCAAUUCCCCGGGGCCAGCCAUUGCAACACACACCCAUACUUGCCACCACACUCACACCCAAGUGUUUGCUUCUGGUGAAGAAGAACAAGGAGAGGGAAAGGAGCUGAAGAAGCCAGCCAGGAAGUCACUGGGGAAUAAGGAGGCUGUUCGGAAAUAUCGAGAGAAGAAGAAGGCACAUGCAGCUUACUUAGAGGAAGAAGUGAAGAAAUUGCGUUUUAUGAACCAGCAGCUCUUGAGGAGAUUGCAAGGACAGGCUGCACUUGAGGCUGAGAUCUUAAGACUGAGGAGCCUUCUGGUAGAUCUCCAAGCUAAGAUUGAUGUUGAUCUUGGCGUUUAGUUUUUACCCUUUUCGGAUUGAAUGAGGUUAGAUCUUUUCAAAAAGUUAAACAUUUCAACUCUCAUCCUUUUUUAACUGGGUUUCCAGUUAUUUUAUAGCUGUAAUUUGUAUGUUAAGGAGCAUAAAAUUUCUAGUUUUAGGCAUAUAGAAAGGUGAUCAGAGUUACAGGAUUCCUGGAAAGCAGCAUCUGUGUAUAAACAUAUAUAUGCCUUUCCAGUUAGAUUCAUGUAGUAGAACUCUCAUACAAAGUAAUGAUGUGGUGUAUUUUAAUGAAAUGGGAAUUAUAGCGCAUAGUAAUUUUUUAUUA